AUGAGCAAGUUUCUCGCUAUCAAGGCCAAAGAAAAAAGGCCGUUUCUUUUUCAGAGGAUGACGGUCACAGCUGGUCAUAAACAUGAAUUCAAAUGGCUUUUGAAGAAUGCCAUGCCACUGGUGCUCAGUUAUCUUUUGCAGAACAGUUUGCAAAGCGUGAGCGUCGUGAGUGCUGGUCACUUGGGACCUCACGAGUUGGCAGCGGCCUCACUUGGAAGCAUGUUUGUCACCGUUACUGGGAUAUCCGUGGCAACCGGAGCCACCUUGGCACUCGAUACACUGUGCUCUCAAUCGUUUACCAGUUCUGACGACAAAAAGAUUGUGGGAUUGCAUGUACAACGAUGUCUUGCCUUUCUCUCUCUGUUAUAUAUCCCUAUCGCCAUCCUUUGGUGGUACUCUGAAUCUGUAUUCUUGCUGUUACGACAAGAUCCUACCGUGGCGGCUUUAGCAAGUACUUACGUGCGUUGGAUGAUUCUAGCCGCUCCCGCUUUUGCCUUGUUCGAAGCUCUUAAAAAGAUGCUGCAAGCCCAAGGCAUCUUUCGAGCACCCACGAUGACACUGCUGCUCAUUGGCGCACCGUUGAAUCUGAUCUUGAGUUACUCGUUCGUCUGGAGUCCGUCCAUCUCUCUUGGAUUCGCUGGUGCCCCCAUUGCCAGCUGUUUCGCCCAAUGGGCCACCGUGAUCGCACUGAUCUACUACAUUUACAAGUACGACGGAUAUCAGGCUUGGCCGCAAUGGUCUACUAGAGCCGCUUAUGAUUGGCACGCUUGGGGUCCCAUGAUCAAGUUGGCUAUUCCCGGCAUUUUGCUUAUUUGUACAGAAUCGUGGGCGUACGAGAUUAUCGCUCUAGGAGCCAGUUGGAUUGACACAUCGUCGUUGGGAGCUCAGAGUAUCAUACUCACCUCCAUUACGGCUCUGUAUACCUUGGCAUUCGGUGUGGGUGUCGCAUCGGCUAACCGUGUGGGCAAUCUACUUGGUGCAGGAAAGCCGUAUCAGGCCAAAAUCGCUGCCCAAACCGCCAUUGGCCUGUCGGUCAUUAUCGCUACCAUAAAUAGUUCCAUGUUGACACUGUGUCGGCACAGCUGGGCUCGACUUUUCACCAGCGAUGCGCAAGUAACUUCUCUCGUAGCUAAAACGCUUCCGUUGGUGGCUGUCUUUGUGUUUGCUGAUAAUAUUGCCGGUGUGGCGGACGGUGUACUGAACGGUCAAGGACGGCAACACGUUGGUGCUCUGUUCAACCUCGGGGCUUAUUAUCUAUCGUCUCUUCCCAUUGGUUUCUAUCUGUGUUUCCGCGCACAGUGGGGUUUAUUGGGCUUAUGGUCCGCUUUGGCCAUGUCUCUAAUUGCGGCUUGUGUGGCGACUUUGGCAGUGGUGCUCACGACAGAUUGGCAGAAGGAAGUAAGAAAAGCCGAAGAUCGCACCAGCGAGAGUGUCAAAGCCAUGGAAACGCAUCAACAGCAGCCAACAGCUAAUCCUGCAAGCGGAUACCCGGGUGUUGUAGGUGGUACACCGGCUAAUCAACGUGGAGUUCAAGGAUAUGACGCCUACGGCAACCCGAUCAUCCCGCCUUUUAUCGCACAACGACAUCAAAUCGAACAAUCAUUAGGUCCGACGUGCAAUGGACAGUACCACGAACUUCGCAUGGAAUACACAAACAAAACGCUUUUAUUUGCUAUUCUGAUCCUUCCCUAUUGUUGCGGUUGGCGAGGUAAACGAGUGGUAAGAUCAAAUUAG